AUGACAGCGUCAACUAUUGCUCCUACUACCCCCCCCAUACGGUUCACCACUCACUCCUGCCUCCGACGCCGACUGGUUCUCUCAACUCUAACCGGCGCCCCGCUCCACAUCUCGCGAAUCCGAGCAACCAGUUUGAAACCCGGUCUAACAUCCUACGAAUUCUCCCUCCUUCGCCUACUCGACUCCUUAACGAAUGGCACAUUUAUCGAAAUCUCUCUAACCGGCACAACGCUACUAUACAAGCCCGGGUUAAUAACCGGCAACAAUGGCCGUGCCCUCGUGCAUGUAAUACCAGAGAACUGCCCUCGUGGAGUAACCUACUUCCUGGAAGUCCUCGCCUUACUAGCGCCAUUCUCAAAAAACGCCUUUUCGGUGACCCUAAAAGGCGGUGUCAUUACGUCCGCAACGACAGAUGACUACUCGGUUGACACAUUCCGCACGGCGGUGCUACCGGUGUAUGCUGGCUUUGAGAUUACACGGGGCAUCGAGGUGAGGACACUAGUACGUUCCUCAGGACCCUUAGGCGCCGGCGAGGUGCAUUUCCUGCACGGACACCAAGUCCGGUUGCCCAAGACACUGCACAUACAGAACUCCGGGAGAGUAAAGCGGAUUCGGGGUGUUUCGUAUAGUACCGGUGUUAGCGCGGGAAACAAUGCUCGGAUGAUCGAGGUGGCGCGUGGAGUUCUCAAUAGAUUCAUUGCAGAUGUAUACGUUUUCUCAGACGUUUCAAAAGCCCAGAUCGUCCCCGCGGAUUACGGAAAGGAAGGCGCGGCGGAGAAGGCUGCCGGCAAUACGAAGGGGAGAGCAGGGGGGAAGACAAAGAAGACCGGUGUUGGUUUUGGCAUCUCCUUGGUUGCGGAGACAAGUCUUGGUACUACGUAUGUUGCAGAUGCAUUUGCCGGGCCGGCGGAGGCAGCGGAGGAUGUUGGGAAGAGGGCUGCUGUUAUGCUGCUUGAAGAGAUCAGGGUUGGUGGAGCCGUUGGAAGACAUGGGCUCAUGAGUGUCCUAAUUAUGAUGAUGAUGGGGGUUGAAGGGGAUGUUGGCCGGGUGGUACUUGGCAAAGAGGCGAUUGCAGAGGAGUUCAUUGCUGGUGCUAGGGAUUUAAAGAAAGUUUUUGGCGGGGAGGUUGCCGUCCGUGAUGGAGAAAGUGACUCAUUGGUAGUCUCUGUGGUUGGGAGGGGCGUGGGUAAUAUUGGUAGGAAAGUCGCG